AUGAGUGAGUUCGUCACAGAGGCAUUCACCCUUUUGGGGGUCGCCAUUGUGAUUAUUGGUCUUAGAACCAUGGCACGAUGGAUUAUGGUCGGCCCUAAGAAUUUCCAGGCUGAUGAUUACAUUAUGCUGAUCGCAUGUGUUGUGUACGGACUGGAAACCGCUGCUGCAUAUAUGGUCGGUGCGUGGUUUGAAGGUCUAGCAAACAAUUCCAUGACAGAUGAAGAACGAGCGGCUCUAUCUCCCGACUCACAUGAAUAUCACUUGCGGGUCGGAGGCUCCAAAGUCCAGGUGACUGGUUGGUCGUUAUAUACAUUGCUAUUAUGGCUGCUGAAGACAUGCAUGGCCAUUUUUUACUCGCGAUUGACAGCCGGACUCAUCAAUAUGCGUUUACGAAUUCACAUUGCGUAUGUCUUGAUUGCGGCAACUUAUAUUGUGACUCUUUUUUCGAUUCUGUUUGGGUGCCAUCCCAUGCACAAAAACUGGCAGAUCAACCCAGACCCCGGCAAUCACUGCCAGCCUGCCGUAUCCAAAAUUGACAUAUACGUAACUGUUGUGCUCAAUGUCUUGACAGAUAUAUACCUCAUCAGCAUCCCCGCCCCGAUGCUAUUCAAAGCUCGGCUACGCUGGCGCGAAAAACUCGAACUUCUCGUUCUCUUCAGCGGAGGUCUUUUCGUCAUGAUGUGCGGCAUCCUCCGCUGUGUCCUAAUUCUAACAGCUGGUGCAAAUGGCGCUGAACAAGCCGGUAGCUGGGCCUGCCGCGAAACUUUCGUCGCCGUCGUAAUCGGCAACGUCCCCAUGAUCUAUCCCCUCGUCCGCCGCCUCGCCCGCCGCGCGGGUCUAUACCUCACAACAAAAACCGGAACAUCCGAAAGCUACCAAUUGUCGGAGGGAGAUACCGGUGAAGGUUAUGUCAAGCGAAAGAAGUUUAAGCACCCCCUUUCGCUUCCAGGCGACACGCAGUGGAACACCGUUAGCGACGAGCAAAUGAUAUUGCCCACGUCGCGCCAACAGCCUCCGACUUGUACGGCUGGAGAAGGGGACUGGGAUGCAGCCAGUCAUGGGAGCCAGGGAGGUGGGAUUAAAGUUGUCCACGAGACUAUUGUACACAGCGCGGAAAAAGGGUCACGAUUAUAG